UCCGGUGUUAUGGCGUCAAAACUGAAAAUAACUCGACUUGAAUCAGAAAUUGAAAAGCAUAGAGUCGAUGCCAACUGGAAGAGAGCAGUGGAAUUAGCCAAACAGCUUGUGCAAAAAUCACCCGAUUUAGCUGUCCUGGUUAAUUUUAUUGUUGCUGAGUCGAAGUUAGAAGAAUAUUUGACGGAUAAUCCGCCUACAGAGAAGAAUAUUAUUAAAGCUAAAAGAGAUCUUGAUGAAGCAGAGAAGCUUUUCCAUGCAGUUGGCCACAAAGAAACACGGGUAGGAUUACAAGCACAGCUGUUGCUGGCUAAGAUACAUUAUUGCAAAGGACAGUAUGGACAAGCCUUGCAGAUUUUAAAUGAGACUCCCCUGGAAAAAACUGAUGUUGAGAAUGCAUCCAGUCGUAUGCUGCACAUUGUGGCCGAGUCGUAUGCCAUUAAAGGUUUAUGUCUUGAACACACCCCUCCAACAACCACCAGCAAAUUCAAGGCUAUUGAACAUGAAAUGCAAAUUACUUCGUGUUUUGAAAAAGCUGGAGAUUUGGCCAUCAUUCAUCUGCAAGAGAGAGAGAAGACCUACCACGGAGGAACACUGGCUGGAAGUCAGUGUCAGCUAAACUCAAAUACCGACAUUGGAAUUAUCUUGGAACAAGCCAUACAAGAGUCGCCUAUCAUGUAUAUUAAAAAAGGUGAAUUGGAAAAAGGUAUUUGGAGAUUCAGGGAAUUACUCCGAGCUGUUGAAACUAGAUUUACUCAAGGAGUGAGAUUGACACUUGCCCGGCAGUUGGCAGAAGUUCUUUUGAGAGGUGUUUGUGAUGCGACUUAUAUACCACUGAACAUUGCAAGCUCGAGACAGAAAAAAAGAAAACCUAAACACUAUUCUGGAGAUAGAUUGUUUUGUCCAGGUAACAGAGAUGAAGAAGCUUUGUUGUUGUUGUUAAUAGCUGAAGCAAUUGCCACUCGGGAGACUGUGUUGAACCGAUCUGACGAGCUGACUGAAACACGUCAACAGGCGUUUCACAACACGACCGCUGUUUACGACCUGCUAGCACUGGCACUUGUCAAGAGGGCGCAGUUUAACAUGCUGUCUGAGUCUUUUGAACGAGCAAUGAGAUUUUCUUUUCAAGAAUUUCAUAUUUGGAAUCAGUUUGCUAAUUCUCUUAUCUGUGCAGGAAAGCAUUCUCGAGCAAUAUUGGUUCUUAAGGAAUGCAGCAGAUUGCAGCCUCAGAACGUGACUGUGUACCUCCAAGCAGCAAGAUUGUGUUAUGAAUAUUUACAUCAGUACUCUGAUGGCAUUGAGUGGUCAAAACAGGCCAUAGCAGUGGUUGAAGACGACCCCAUGACAUCAAGGGCAUACACCUCCCUGGGGAUUGGCUACAGCAUGCGGGCUCAUGAGGCCAAACUACAGGCCGAGAGACAGACGCUUCACAGGAAUGCUUUGUCAGCUUUCCAAAAAGCAUAUGAUUCUGAUCCCUAUGACUAUCUAGCUUGUUUUCAUCUGUCACUGCAGCUAGCAAAUCUCAGACAGAUUUCUGAAGCUCUGAUAUACGUGAAAUUAGCUCUGAAGUAUCGCAAUGAUCACAUUCAUUCGCUACACCUCCUGGUUCUACUUCUCACAGCACUGAAACAGAUGGACGAUGCGAUGGUGCUCGUACACGCGGCACUCGAAGAGUAUCCACAAAAUCUAAGUUUGUUACUGACCCAGUCUAAACUGGAAGAGGUGAUGCUGGGACCGGAGGAGUCUCUAGUCACCUGUAAGGUGAUGAUGAAACUCUGGAAGGAAAUUCACGAGAUGGACUCUGAUGACUCUUCAGAGAAGAAAGAGUUCGCCAACGAUCGCAUGGCAUUUGACCGCCGGAGUCUGGCACAGAUGACCAUUAAUGAAUUUAGUGAUCGAGGAUCAGAUGGUGUUCAAAUAGGUUGGUACCUGACUCCCCCGGAGCCAAUUGGUGACCAUGGUUCGAUCCGUGCGGAGUCGAUCGCAGCGUCUCACAUGGAGCGCGCCCUGUCCGAGGUGGCGUCGUCCAUCAACAGCAGCUUCAUGCCGAGACCCGGCUCGCAGCAGUCGUGGAUGAUGCAGGCCCAGAUUUGGAGUCAUCUCGCUGAGCUGUACUUGGUGCUGAACAAAGUGAGUGAGGCCGAGGCGUGCAUUCAGGAAAUGUCAGGACUUCUACCUCUCUCUCACCAGCUCUACUUCAUGAAAGGGAGAGUUUUUGAGCAUAAGCAGAAAUAUAAAGAUGCUAAGAGAUGUUUUGAAAAUGCAGUUGCCAUUAACCCGGGCCACACUAGAAGUUUACAACAUCUGGGCGUGAUCCUGCACAGAAUGAAUGACAACAAAAUGGCUGAGAAGUUUCUGAGAGAUGCUGUGAACAAUGAUCCCAUGUCUCACAAAUCGUGGUUCUCCCUGGGCCUGGUGCUUGACGCCCUGGGGAAAACCAAAGAUGCCAGUGAAUGUCUCAACAUGGCCACGGAGCUGGAAGCAUCGAGUCCUAUUGUAGCCUUCACGGUCAUUCCCAGACUCAUGCAAUAGUUCACGGAUCAAGUUGUGUGCAUGAUUGAUUUCUAUGACUUAAUCAGAAACAUUAACCUGCUUCCAUGAGAAUAUCUUUAACUUGGCUUGGUGUGAAUCUAAUUUCAAACUUGAGCCAUUGGAGAAUAGGGUAAUCUUGAAGGUUGGCUAAACUUUAUCAUUGAGAUAAUCAGGUCAUCUUAAAGGGUGGCUGAACUUUAUCAUUGAGAUAAUCAGGUCAUCUUAAAGGGUGGCCAGACUUUAUCAUCGAUAUACCGGCCUCAGUGGCGUCGUGGUUAGGCCAUCGGUCUACAGGCUGGUAGUUACUGGGUUCGGAUCCCAGUCGAUGCAUGGGAUUUUUAAUCCAGAUACCGACUCCAAACCCUGAGUGAG